AUGUGGAAAGACUCCAGCAAUGACGAUGCCCGGCCCGGCGCCUCCAGCGGCGGCUCCUCUCGCAGCGCCAGCCGCAGGAAGAGAACCAGCUUCUCCAAAGAGCACGUGGAGCUCCUGAGGGCCACCUUCGAGACGGACCCGUACCCCGGCAUCAGCCUCCGGGAGUCCCUGUCCCAGUCCACCGGCCUACCAGAGUCACGCAUCCAGGUGUGGUUUCAGAACAGAAGAGCUCGCACCCUGAAGUGCAAAGGAGCCAAGAAAGCGUUGUGGCAGUCUGACAGCCCGGUCCACGAUGCUCUACCUGCAUCUCAUGGGGGGGCCAGCAGGGGCCCCCAGGGGCCUCCACCGGCCUACCCAACCCAGGUGAAGCAGGAGAUGGAGGAAGCCUGCUACUACGGACAGCAUCCUCCAGCUUACUCCUCCAUGGAGGAGCACGGACACUAUGGCUCCAUGUACGGCAGGCCGCUGGGGGGCAGCUCCAGCCCCCCCUUGAGGGGCUUCUGGCCCCAGCAGAGCAGCCAGACCUCCUCCGCCCCGGCCCAGUGGUGCCACUCCCCCAUGGAGAUGAGCAACUACGGCUCAAGCUUUUUCUACCCGGGCUCAGCGGAGCAGCAGAUGUACCUGCCCUGCUCCACCUCCUCCACCCCAGACACCCCUGACUCGGGUUACUGGGACGCCGGCGUGGAGAACAGCCCCCCGGUGGAGGGUCACAGCUCGCAGCUGGAGGAUUCGUGGAGCGGUGCAGCAGUGGAGGACUGCAGGGAGUCGCUGGUCCAGCACGCCCCCCUGCCGGAGCUGUCCCUGCAGGAGAUCCUGGGGGAGCUGGAUGAGGACUGGUUGGGAGGAGACGGACUGGACAGCCAUGGUGCAGGAGAGAAAAGAGCCUUCUGCUAGUGGCCGCCAUGAGGAUUUACAAUGGACGAUUAGAAAUAAUACACUGUAGAUUGCUGCAAGAAAACUGCCAAAUUGUGACAGUAACAUACUGUUUUCCAUUAAUAGUAAUAGUAAUUUACUGUAGAAAACAAUGCAUUCUGGGCAAUAUUUGUAGGUAGCUUGCCGUUUCCCAUAAAAUAUAUCAUAUAUAUAUAUCUAUAUACACUGUAAAAAAUGUUUGUAUAAAU